AUGAAUUAAUAAAACAAUAGUGACGAAGUUUAACUUAAAGAAAUGUUAUUAAAGACAGAAAUACUUGAUAAAGGAUAUGAUAGUGAAAAUUUUAUAAAUUUUAUGGAGCUAUAGAAGGAGAAUGGUAACUCAAUUAAUAUAAAUUUUCUAUUAGGUGGUUAAGAUAUUGACAUGUGGACAUAUCAGGAACUAACUUAAGCAAUUAAUUAAUUUUAAUAGUUAAAUUAGCCAUAAUAAGAUGAAUAGUUGCAAAAUAUUGUUUCAGACAAAUAAUUAGAUUUAGAUGAUAAAAAAUUGUAAAAUAUAGAACAAGAAGAAUAAAAUUAGAAUUUAACAAUUUAAAUUUAAAAGAAGGAUUAAUAAUAAUCAAUUUGUGGAGAGGAUAAAAAUAAGGAUACUGAUAUAAAAUCAAAUUUGUCUAAAAUUCAUUUAUGCAAGAUUUAAGAUAAAAAAGAACAAUUAUAAUCAAAUGAUAUUUCUGUUUAUAUUUCAAAAUAUUAGAGAAUAGCUGGAGGUAUUUUCACAUCAUCAUAUUAUUCAUAUACUGUUUAAACAGAUCCAAUUGGAUGGAUUGUUUAAAGGAGAUAUAGUGAUUUUUUAUGGUUAAGAGAAUUAUUAUGUAAAAUAUAUCCAGGAAGAAAUGUAUUUUUAAAUUAUUAAAUUAGAUUGCUCCAUUACCUAAAAAAUCUGUUCUUAAGAAUGAAAAAGAAUUAUAUCUUUAAAAACGUAAGAAAUUUUUAGAAGUAAAAAAUUCAUUUUAACUAGAAUUUCUUAAAAACUGUAUUAAAAUGUGAAUUACUUAGACAUGAUAAAUGGUUUUUUGCAUUUCUAUCAUCAAAAGAAGAAAAGGAUUUCAAAUAAAUUUAAAAAUUGAGUGCUUAAAUAUAAAGAGUCACAAAAUUAGAAUAAAUAAUCUCUAUAGAUGGAAAAAUUCAAUUAGAAAUUAAUGGAAAUCUAAAUUCUCACAAUAUAGAAGCUACUUAAUUAGUAAAUUCUGUGGAUAUUUGUUAUAAAAAACUAAGAAGAGAAUCAAAAUAAUUAUUGCUUGAUUUUGAUUAAUUAUCAAAUACUAUCUUCAAUAUGGGUUAAACUUGUGCAGAUCUUUAUUAAUUAUCAAAUAAGUUUAAUUAAUCUAUCCCUUAAGGUAAGAUAUCUCAAUUAGAUAUAUUAUAUAUAUCAAUGAACAAUAUGUUAGUUUAAUGGGGUAAUAAUUUGACAUCUCAAAUUAAAAUUGUAUAGGAAGAAUUGUGUUAUUUUUUUAAAUUUCAUCAUCAUUAAAUUUUGGUAUUAAAAGAAGUAAUGUAUUUCAUUUAUUCUAGUUUAUGAAAUAAAAAGAUUAAGCUUAAUAAGAGUAUGAAAAAUUCAAAUCUCGAUUGGAACAAAAGAAAAAUAAAUUAUUUACGACGUAAGAUUUUAAUAGAUGGGAAAUCCCAGCUGUUUAACUUAAAGCCUUAUAAGAUGAAAAUCUAACUUAAAAUAAAGAAAUAAGUUUUUAAAUUAUGCUACCAUAAGAGACUACAGUUUAAGAAGAUUUAAAAAAUAUUUAUGCCUAUUUUAAUAGUUCAUCAUAUAUAGAAAUCACUAAACAUUUUGAGAAUACAGUGUCUGAAUUCUCAAAUCAUUUUACAAAAUUUUGUAGUCUAUAAAAAGAAUAGAUAGCAGAAGUAAACAUUAUAAAUAAAUUAGUAAAAACUAGUUUGGGAUCAAAGUAUUGUAAAUUUAACUAAUUUGUAAUUUCCAAAAGAACUAAUUAAAAAAACUACUUGA